CUGGCACCUUGACUCUCCUGCCACCGCCUGCAUGCCUCCUCUUCAUCUUUCCAAAGGCAAGGCGUGUCUCUCCUCCCUGAUCCUUCCAUUGGCUGUCCCCAGUGCUUUGAUGAGAAUAAAUGCUUCACUCUUAACAGCCCACAUCCCAAGGCUGCUGGGACGAGUCCUUGUUCCAAAGCCAAGUUGGUUGCCUCUCCCAUCACAGGUGCUCUGUUAUAUUUGUAAGGACAUUCCCUCUCAAUUGAUCAAGAUGAACAAGUUUCUUCUCCUGGGCUUUGCUGCUUUGCUCUUCUGCACAGUUGCUCAAGGUCUGGUGUGCAAAGUCUGCAAAUUCAAAGUGGGUAGCGUCUGUUGGAGUUCCGACGAUCCCUGCGUAGCAGACGAUGGACAGCACUGUGAAACCACAAGAGUUUAUUCAGGCAGACUAAUGCUCUUCACAAGGCAUGGCUGCAACAAACACAAGGAGCUGUGCAACAUGACUGAGCAGCGGGAUAACGUCUUUGACAUGAGCUACAACCGCACUUGUUGCAACUAUGACCUGUGCAACGGAGGGAUCGUCAGCAGUCCCAGCUUGCCGCUCUUAGCUGGACUCAGCUUGGCCCUCGGGAGCUGGCUGGCACACUAGCAAGGGAGGCUGACAGGGAAGCUCGUCCUUCCCACCCAGCCGGUGACCCUUGGACUGUCUUUCUUCCCAGAAGAGGCAAGAUUCCUUCACCUCCUUCCCUUCUGAAGGUUCCUCAGUCUCAAUGGUAGCCCUAUUUCAGACCAGCACGACUUUGGCCCUCCGUGUCAAAUGUAGCCCACCAGCCGUGUGUGGGGACCCAACAAGAUGAAUCUCCUUUUACUUUAUAAUUAAUAAACUGCAAGUGGGAUAAAUCUUUUUUUUAAGGGGGCAAUUAUGGAUGGUUUUCAAAAU